UUAACCUCUUCAUGCUGGCCGAACGCAAAUGUGCAGUUUCCUGGCAUCUGGACCUAGAUGCUGAGUGGCUGCUCAUUUGCGUUCUAUUAAAGAACAUGUGUGCUGAGAGCGCGCUCCCAGCACACAUGUCCGGUACUCACAGAAAGGCCUCUUGGUGCCGGCCGCAUGCAAAUGUGCGGCCCUCCCGGCGUCUGGGCCUUGACUCCAAGCAGCCACACAUUUGCGUGCAAUUAAGAAAAACAUAUGUGCUGAGAGCACAUGCCCUGUGAGCUCCCAGAACACAU